AUGAACAACAUCCAAAGGAAGGAGAUGAUGAUCCGCCUCGUGCACGUCGUGCAAGUAGUGCAGAAGAUGGAACAAACAAUGAAACUAAAAGAGCUCCUCGACGUCGGAGGGGAUUCACUGCAAGGUAAAGAUGGUGUACUUUUGGUAUUCAAUGGAAGGGGGACUUCCUCAACCACCUACCACAAUCUUCAACCUACCAUCACCACCACCACUACCAUGAAGGGGGGUGAAGUUACUUGUAAAAACAGUAAGUUACAGGAAAGCUUAAAGGAUGUAAUAGAUAACUGGCAUACGGAAAAGGAUACGCAGACAGGAAAUCGAGACUGGAAUCAAGUGUGGGAAGAAAUCCUGCAAAUGGUCGAGCCACUCUCUAAAUACAUAUCAAAGCAUAAAGAAAGUAUGGAAAAAACCUAUUGUAAUGACCCUAAGAAAAAAGAAAGCACAUGGACAGAGGCAGAUAGGAACGCGUGUAUGCUCAUCACUGCAGGAUUAAAACAUAUAUACGAAAUUAAAGAGGAUCCAAGUCAUAAGAGAGGAGGUCCAGAUGGUAAGAAAAAUAACAGAACCUUCAGGGACACUGCGGCAUGUAUCAUAUUGAAUGAACUCAUAAGGAAAUUGAAGGAGAAGGCUAAUUCUUGUACGCAGAAGAUAAGCAUAGAGGAGGGAAUAAAACAAGCCUUUGAAGCCAGUCCACAAAUUAAGGCAACUGCAUGUAAAGGUGAUCCUGAUUGCUUUGAGUGCAAACAACAGAAUUAUUCAGACUGUAAAAUGGGCAAUGAACAAGUGAGGGUGAAGUUAAGGGGAAAGCUUGACAGUGAUGCUAAAAUAAAUGAAGCACUGGAAGACAUAUAUCCACCUUCCAACCCCACCUCCAUUUCUGGAACAGCCACUCUUACUGAAUGGUUCACACGUUUUUCGAACAAUGUGUCUGAACAGGACAACCAACAGUAUGAAGAGCUCGGUGCUCUUUCUGCUUUGUGUGAGCACAAUGAAGAUGAUGAGGAUAUUAAGAAAUUAAACCUGAACAAAUACGGUGAAUUCUGUAAUAUUAUGAUGAAAAACAUAAUGCUAGUUACAGGCGUUCCAAAGGAAUAUAAAAACAAAGGAGGACAAACGCCAUGUCAGAAGAAAGUUAAGAAUAUUCCCUUAUGUGAUUUAUUAAAAGUAUGGAUGUGGUAUAUGCACUGGUUCUGUGUUCCAAAGGAGGUCAUAGAACAUGCCAUUAGGGGUGUGAAAGAAGUAAGGACGGAAUUUAUUAACAAAGGUGUGAACUAUAUGGAAUGUUCUUAUGAUGUUGCAUUUAAGAUUCCUUACGGAGGCAAAAAGGAUAUGGGAAGUGAAGCGUACGACCUAUUCGGCACAAGUACUUUGUAUCAUAAAAUAGAAAAAGAUACUAAUAAAACUUGGUGCGAAAACAAUAAAUGGGAAUAUCGGAUCCGUGUGCCGAAGGAUUCAGUCAAUGCACGAGCGGAUGAAGAUGAGGACGACAGAGUUAUCAGUAGUAAUGACAACAAAAAUAACGUGCAUGUAAUUAUGGACAAAAUUGAGGAAGGAUUAGAACAGGAGGAAGGAGGGGGAGGAGGGAUGUCUAAACCAGGUUCAUCCAAACCAUCAGAAGAACAACAACCCCAACCACCCGCAUCCCUCGUCAUUCCAGCUCGACCCCCUCCUCCACCACCACCAAGAAGACCAUCCACACCACGGCAGGGACCCUCAGAUGCUCCCUGUACUGAUAGUGAUCUAUGUCAACGUGCACAAUGUGUAACAACACAAUGGUUUAAGGACAGAAAAGGCGGAAGUUCAGCACAAAACUGGUGUGCAUAUUGGGAGAAGGAUGACGUCGGAGGAGUAUUAAAAAAAUUGUCUGAAGCUAUGAAGAAUGAAAGCACUCCUGACGACAAUCUGUGUGAAGACAUAGGACAGACAUCUAGUGGAACGGAGGAUUCCAACAAAAAAGCAUGUCAAUAUAUUACUAGAGGGUUAAGAAGUAUAUAUAAUUUUAAGGAACGUGGGACUUGGAGUGGGAACGAUGCUGACAAAAAAAAGAAGAACACCCAACAAUUUGAUCGAACUAUGGGAUGCAUCUUCUUAAACUUAUAUGCCGAUACGUUGGAGAACAAGGAUCCAUGUAACCCUAAGACAGGCGUCGAUUAUGCUUUUAAUAACAAUGAUAAAAUUAAGAAAGGAACUCUAUGUGAAAGUGAUAAUAAUUGUGUUACUUGCACAAGGGAUAAAAGUUAUGAACAUUGCACACUGAACGUGAGAAGUUCCCUAUGGACAACAGAUGGAACAGGUGGAAAAUGCAACAAAAACGGAAAUAAUAUGAAGGGAGACAUGGAUGGAAUGCUCGAAGGGAAUGUCAAAAUAAAAGAAACUCAAAAUGAAAUAUGUCAGACCACUCCACCACCGAAGGCAAAGGAAGAAGCACCAGCUGCUCCAACAGCUGCCGAAGCAGAAAGGAAAGAACCAGCAGAAGAAGAUGUACCCACAGAAGAAGCACCAACUGGUCCUACUGUUCCUGAAGGUCGUGGUCAGAGUCUGGGUGGAGGUGGUCGAGGCAGGAGUUCAAUUACAAAACAUUUUUCUCCCUUUUUUUUUUUUUUUGUUCAGUACUUUGGAAUGCUUCGUAAGACAAGAAAGCGUUACAGAAGGGCUCCUAAAGCUCUUGGUCCCUCCUUAGAACAGCAGGUUGUUGACCAUGUGGACGAGCAGGCAGAUGGUCCACAUGAUUAUUACAUUGUAAAGAAACGCAAACCUCGUUCUACGCCUAUAAAAAGGAAGAAAAAACGGGUUCCUGGUCGUCGCCAUACUGGUCAUCGUGGUGUACGUCGCCGCAUGAUUAUUGAUAUUCAUUUAGAAAUCUUAGACGAAUGUCAAAAAGGGGACCUGCAUUUGAGGAAGGAAGACUUUUUUGAAAUUUUGGUUAAAGAAUUUAUGGGAAGCGAAUUUAUAAAAGAAAAAAAGGUUCCAUGUUCAGAUUUCAGGUUUGGGCAGGAAGACUUUGUUCCUAUGGAAGGGGUCCUUAUGGAACAUGUUCCAAGUUUAGAUUCCGGGUUUAGGGAAGGAAGACUUUGUUCCUAA